AUGACUUACACAAACGGAGAUGCAAACGGGCAGAAUGGACACGCCGGCAGUCCCAUUCCCGCUGCAUCCCGGCUUCGAAAGAUGCUCAAGGAAAGCGACGAAUUGAUCGUCAUGCCCGGUGUUUAUGAUGGAUUCAGCGCGCGGAUUGCGCUGGAAGUUGGAUUUGAUGGCCUCUACAUGACUGGCGCCGGAACAUGUGCUUCCAAGCUGGGACAGCCAGAUCUGGGCUUCGCCUCCCUCAACGACAUGAGAGAGCAUGCCGAAAUGAUUGCCAACCUGGACCCGCGCGUCCCUCUGAUUGCUGACGCUGACACGGGCUACGGCGGCCCCAACAUGGUUGCUCGCACGGUGGCGCAGUACCAUCGCAGUGGUGUCGCCGGUCUGCACAUUGAGGACCAGAUCCAGACCAAGCGCUGCGGGCACCUCGGAGGCAAAGAGGUUGUCAGCGUUGACGUAUUUCGGCAGCGCAUCAGUGCUGCCGCUGCCGCUCGGGACAGGCUAGGGUCUGACAUUGUCAUCAUUGCCCGGACAGAUGCCCUGCAGACCGAUGGCUUCGAGGAGGCCAUCCGUAGGCUCAAGGCUGCAGUCGCUGCCGGUGCUGAUGUUGCGUUCCUCGAGGGCGUCACCACCAAGGAAGAGGCCCGAGAGGUGUGCCGGUCGCUUGCGCCAACCCCCGUUCUCUUGAACAUGGUCGAAAACGGAGCUACACCAUCCUGGACUGUGGCCGAAGCGAAAGAGCUGGGCUUCAGGAUCAUGAUUUUCCCCUUCGCAGCUCUUGCUCCAGCAUAUGAUGCUAUUCGCAGCACAUACUUGCGACUGAAGGAGACGGGCGCCACGGGGAUAGAUCCGACUUUUACCCCCAAGAAGCUGUUCACGGUGGUAGGCUUGAAGGAGGCGACUGCGGUGGAUGUGGCAGCUGGAGGGCAGCUGUACGAAAGGGUGUAA